AUUACACACAGCAAGCGGCGACAGACACUCCAGACAGACUGCAGCUACUGAAACAUGUUAUCAGUGAUUGGUUCGUUAUUCGGCUCAGCGGCCAAGUUAAGUGGGUUUUCUGCUCCUAGCGACGACGACCUCAUCGACCGCGUCAACCACGGCGUCAGCGUCUUCAUCCUCACUCUGUUCGCCGUCGUCGUCAGCACAAAACAGUUCGCGGGAGAUCCAAUCAAAUGUCUCAUGGGAAAGGAAUACGAAGGUUCUCAUGUUGACUACACUCAUCAUUUGUGCUGGAUUGGUAACACAUACUACGUUCCAUUCGGAGAAAUACUGCCCGAAGAAGAGAAGGAGAGAGAGAUGAAACAGGUGAAAUAUUACCAGUGGAUACCAGUCAUACUUCUGACGCAGGCGCUGCUCUUCAAAAUACCCAACGUCAUCUGGAAACUGUUUAACCCCAGGGUGGGUCUCAACAUGAACAAGAUACUCGAUAUGGUCGCGGAUACGCAAUUGAGUUCCCCGGACGAGAGAAAAUCAACCAUUCACAACCUUGCUAGGAAUAUCAACAACUGGCUGUCGUUCAAGAGGGAACGAUAUUACAGUGUCAUAUCGCGCAUGCGUAUUAAGUUAUCCAGAUUUAAAAUUCUGUGCUUUCCUCUGGGUGUGCGUAGUGGGACGUAUCUAGUUGGUUUGUAUAUUUUCAUAAAGAUCUGCUAUUUGGCUAAUUCUGUUGGACAGUUCUAUCUACUGAAUUCGUUUUUGUCUAUGGACUUUACGACAUAUGGGCGAGAACUUGUUUCGGGAUUCACACAAGACGGAAUGAUACAGGAGAGUUACCGUUUUCCAAAGAUAACAUAUUGCGACGUCAAGAUUCGUCAGUUACAGAACUUGCACACUAAAACAUUUCAGUGUGUUUUGUCCAUCAACCUAUUUACUGAGAAAAUCUUUGCCUUUUUGUGGUUCUGGUUAGUAGCUGUGUGCGUUCUCAACGUCUACAGUUUGCUGGUGUGGCUGUAUGACGUAAUGUUGCUACGCAACAGGGUACUCUACGUUGAAGAGUUCCUGUGGUCUCGAGUCAGUGUGCCGGAGAAUCGAGUGAGAGUCUCGAAAUUUGUGGACGAUUAUUUGCGUGACGAUGGCGUGUUUGUGCUGCGUGUCGUGUUGGAGAACUCCAACGUGAUGGUUCAAUCCGACUUGAUUCUCGAACUGUGGAAUCUCUUUAUUGAAGGGCCCUUUAGUGAGAUGACAGAACGCGAUAAGCGAAAAGAGCAACUCUACCAGGAGAAGAUCAAAGGCUAAAUGGUCGGAAUGUCUGUUUUUGUUUCUUCCUGGUGGAAGCACAAAGACAAACAUGUAUUUCCACUAGCAACAAUUCAUUCUAGUUGUCAAAACGAUUAAAAUAUUAAUAGUUAAAUAUAUUAUUAAAAAACACCCACACUUUAUUACCCAUAUGGUUAAAAAUAGUUUGGUUCAUAUCAAAGUGAACUACGUCCUACUUGAGUGCCUGGUUCGGACGUAUCACUUUGACGUCAUACGAUGACGUUAUUGCUUGGUGCACUGCUAGGCCAGGAGCAUU